ACUGGAGGCAUGCACCGGCGCCACGCCAACCUGGCGCUCAGUCAGAACAUCUCGGCCGUGCUGGAGAACCUGCUGAAGAACUACGACAACAUGCAGCGGCCGGCAAGCGGCGUCGGUCCCACCCGUGUCCGCACGAACAUGCUGAUCCGCAGCAUGGGUCCCAUCUCCGAACUGGACAUGGAGUACUCGAUGGACUGCUACUUCCGCCAAAUGUGGCGCGACGAACGUCUCAGCUUCAACAGCUCCAUCGACCAGCUGAGUCUGAACAUCAAAAUGCUGGAGGGCAUCUGGAAGCCGGACACUUACUUCCUGAACGGCCGCGGCAGCUACGUGCACAUGAUCACGCGGCCCAACAAGCUGAUCCGGCUCAGCAGCAACGGCAGCAUCCUCUACUCGAUGCGGCUGACGAUCAAGGCCAAGUGCCCUAUGCUUCUUCAGCACUUCCCGAUGGACAAGCAGACAUGCCCUCUCAUCAUUGGUAGCUAUGCGUACACGGACCGGGACCUUGUGUACGAGUGGGACCAAGAGAUCAACGUCGCCUGGCCCGCGGCAAUCUACCUCUCGCAGUUCGACCUAAUCUCGUUCCCGUUCCGGAACGCCACGGUCCAUCGCAAGAGCGGCCUUUACUCAAUUUUACAAGUGAACUUCAACCUGCAGCGGCACACGGGCUACUUCAUGAUCAACGUGUACCUGCCGUGCACCCUGAUCGUGGUGCUCUCCUGGGUGUCGUUCUGGAUCAACCGAGAGGCUACGGCCGACCGCGUCAGCCUCGGCAUCACGUCUGUGCUGACCUUGUCCACUAUAAGCAUCGAGUCUCGCACUUCACUGCCCAAGGUGUCCUACGCCACCGCCCUGGACUGGUUUCUGUUGGUCAGCUUCGGCUUCGUCAUCGCCACACUGCUAGAGUUUGCUAGCGUGCACUUCUUUACUAAGGUGACGUACGAGCAUGGGUGA